AGCUCUUUAGCAAAUUCAAAACCAUUUGCUCGACCGUUUUGGCCAAACAGCGCCCCCGCGCGCUCCGGCCCCUACUGUUUCUUUCAGAUUCCCAAAAAUCAUCUCCAAAUUUCUGGAAAAAUGCGGGUCCAUUUCGCAACCCGAAUCCGAUUCGCGAACCCGUUCCCGAACCCGAAUGCGAGCCCAUUUCAAUACGCGUCCCCGACCACCCUCCUCCUCCUCGAGCUCCCUACUUUCCCCGGCCGGAUCUCCGCCUCCGUCCGCCGCGGCUCCGCGAAGAUGGCGGAGACGGCUCGCUCCACCAAUCCGAAGCGGCCCGUCUGUCCGUCCUGCUCCAAGCCCGCGCGCACGUGCCUCUGCGCUCGGAUCCAUUCUCCGGGUCUCGAUCACCCCGUCCGCGUCACCGUUCUCCAGCACAGCCUGGAGCGGAAGCACCCCCUCAAUUCCACUCGAAUCUUGAGGCUUGGGCUCAAGAACGUCGCCGUCGCCGCCGUUUCCGACGUCAACUUCGGCGCCGAGUUCUCGAUCUCGCCGCUCGAGCCGUACGCCGAAAUCGGCGCCCACGGAUUGGUCGGCGCGGAUUUGGGUGUCCAAAAUGGGGAGCAAUCUGGAGUGGCGGUGGGAAACCCUAGUUCGGUCGUCGAAUCGAAUGGAGCUCAUUGUCCUGGGGAUGAUAGGAACUGCGGUUCGAUUGCCUCGAACGGUGUGGAAGUUUCGGAGGAUUCCCAGGCGCUGCAGAACUCGCGCGCUUGUGGAGUCGUGUCUAGAGGUACUAGCAAACCUGUUAUCAGUUUUCGAAUGGGCAAGAAGGGGAUUAUCGAAUCGACAGACCAUGUUUGGAUGUCUAGAAUCGGCCACCAAGGAGCUGAUUUCGAUGCCAUAUUAGAUUGCCAGUCAGCUCGUGAUGUUCUGUCGAAUGGAUUUGUGGUUAGGAAAUCACAAAACCUUGUAUCAAAUCUGAGCUUGGAGCCCGAAGAAUAUGAGGAAUUUGUGCUCAAGGUGCCGCGAGGGUCAGUGCUUCUGUUUCCGACCGAGAAUGCACUCAGCAUUGACGAACUCAGGGCAGCUGAAUUUGAAGUCAGGAACUUGAUUGUGCUGGAUGGCACGUGGAUGAAGGCAAAGAGAAUGUAUAGCGAGAAUCCUUGGUUGAAGUUGUUGCCUCAUCUGAAGUUGGAUUUGGAGGUGAUGAGUUUGUACGGAGAAGUUAGAAGUCAGCCUAAGGCUGGAUGUUUGUCCACUCUUGAGAGUGUCAUUUACACGAUUAAGGCAGUUGGGGGCAGUCUGGAGGGGCUGGAUCAACUGUUAGAUGUUUUCGAGUCAAUGGUCAAUGAUCAGAGACGAUGUAAAGAUGAAAGAUUGGGUAAAUCCACUUCAGGGGCUGCAGGAAUUUAUAUGCAGAUUCAGCUAAUCAAAAAAGAUGCCGGAAAUAGAGGAUGUGUACCUUGAAGAACUGCUUGAUAAACAGCAGGAUUAUUAGAAGACAGCAUGCAAGUCAUGAGAACAGAUGAGGUAUCAUGUCCUGCAACCAUGAUUAGCAUGAUAUUGUGCAAAAUUUCCUUGUCAGUCACAACUCGUUUAAUUUCUUCAUCGCGCUUACUUAAAAGGCACGUGAUCAAUUCUUGAUGAGGAGUGGCAGUGCGCUGUCUAGUUUCUCUUUCUUCUCUUGUACAAGUUCCUUCAACAGACCUUGGACCCUGGAGCUUGCAUGGAGGCUCCUACUAUAGCACGUGAAUGGCAGCUUUACUGGUAUCAACCACACUCCCUCUAUAAUUUCUUGAAAAUUUUGCAAGAAUUUAUCUCUUUCUGCUCUUUCCUCCAUACCAAAGAGAAGAGAGCAUAUAAUGUUGAAUGUAAGGUUUUUCAUCAGGGGCAAUGCCUAUAGGAAAAUCAAAGCAUUAAUGUUAUUUACUCUGCUUUCGUUUGUUGAAGAGAGCAUGCGCACUUUCAGUCUAUGCAUUCAUGCUCAUAGUCAAUGGAUGCAGAGGCCAUACAAGUGUGAACACCAGUUAUAUGAGGGAGUGAGUGCAUACAGCAUACGUUCCUUAAAAUUGAUUUGUAUAGAAUAUAUCUCAAACAGAUCAAAGCAACUGUGGGAGUUUUACAGCAUAUUGACGUACCGCAACUUUUUCCUUGCCCUGCCAGUGCAACUCGAUGUGCUUUCUGACUUCUUCAUCCAUUUUCCCCACCUGCUGCUUCAGAGAAUCUCUCACGCAUUUGUGAUCUUGGCCCCUGAGUUCCAUCAGAUUUCGGUCUCCCAGAAUCGCGCAGAUGGAUGCUGUUUGUUUGUUGGCCAUCUCGCUGCUGUCUCCAGAGAAUAUAAGCUUGUUCAUUGCUUGUCCAUGAAUGAACACCGUUGGUUUGCCAAAGAGAGAGAGCCUCGAGAUUGGUACAUACGUCCGCACUCUUUCAUGGAGCCAUUCUUCUUGCAUGUUUGUCCUCAUGGCUCGGAGCAGAUCAAGGCUUUGGCCUAUAAUGGGGAUUCCCAACAAACCCGGAGGUAGCUUUCAUGAUGAACCUCUUCUUCUUCAGCUUAAUAAAAAGAGAACUGGUAGAAGGAAGAGAAGAAGGAUAAUCAAAAUGUUCAUUGUUGUGGGUGCGGGCAUGUGUGUGGGUGUGUGGGUAUGUGUGGGUGUGUACGUGAUGAGGGGAAAGCAAGAGAAUCAUAGCUCUCCAUUUUUGUCUGUUUCUGAACUAGCACUUUAGGUGGCAGAUUCCUUCUGGAACGGGCGAUGACGAUUACUGUGUAGAAAACGCAUCGACUUUGAUACAGGUUCUGUUCAAUAUUUAGCCAAUUUGUUUCGUGUGCCA